AUGUCAUCGUCGUCUGCUAUCGAUAACUGGGAGCCCGUUGCAGAUGAGAGAGUUGAGGAUAAUGAGGUGACAUUAACGCAUAGGAAGCAGACUGAUGGUGGCAGUGGUAAUCCUGACCUGAUGGAGACCCUUGGCGAACCGUUUUCUCCCGAAAUGGCGAAUGGAACGGCAGCCGGAGAAGAAGCAGCGAGUGACAUGAGCAUGCUAGCUGCGGAGACACCGAAAGCACGUAAUGAGACAGAUUCUGUGCGACGGAAGUCUGGUUCUUCGCUGGAAGCAGUUGGACUUAACAUGAAGUCUUCCCCUGCAAGUCCUCAUCUUUCAGAUGUUAACUCUGUAUCCAGCACCGCUAGCACCCGUGCGAGCAAGAACCGCGCCUUGAGUUCAGUUAACAAUAUCAUCACAAAUAGCGAAAAGGAUCUGCUGAAAGCUGGCUCGAAACCAGCAGAUGAUCAGUCUCCCUCAGCAGCAUCAAACUUCUUUGACAACGUAAUGUCUUCUUUAUCCUUCAAGCAGGGGACGCAGCAGGCGCUGGAAACAGAAAGAGCAGCGAAUAUACCUGAUAUAAUAACUCAUAGGAGGCAAUCAUCGAUGAGCAACAAGAAGAAUGCUAAGAAAAUCAACUCGCCUGUAGAUUCUGAAUCGCCACUGAAGGAAGUCGAAAAACCGAAAGAGGUUAUACGUAAAGUCUCACUCAAUGACAACGAGGCGUUUGAUCCUAAGAGGUUCGUUGAAGAAAAAUUUUUGGAUACACCGUUCCAUUACGCUAAUGCCGAGCGGAACUCCGAGUUCCACGCUCUGUUCAAGAACGUCCCACCGGAGGAUAGGCUGUUAGACGAUUUUGGCUGUGCUUUAAGCAGAGAGUUUCUUUACCAAGGCAGGAUAUACGUUUCAGAAUCACACUUGUGCUUUUCUUCAAGCUUGCUGGGCUGGAUUGCCAAGGUCGUGACUCCUUUCAAGGAUAUAACCUAUAUGGAAAAAACAUCAACAGCUGGACUGUUUCCUAAUGCUAUUUCCAUCGAGACAGAGAAGGGUAAAACACAAUUCAAUGGGUUCAUCUCACGAGAUAGCGCAUUCUCGUUAUUGAAGGAAGUCUGGUCGAGAGCCUUGUUGGCGCAGGGUGAAAAUGAAAAUAGUGGAUGGGGUCUUGGCCCAGAUCAUCAUAGCAUUGAUAACGGCUUUGGGAGUAGAUACACAGAUCUUGUUCGAGCAAAUGGUCCACCAAGUAGAACGUCAUUUGUUAGCGAAAACGACUCCAUCAUCGAGGAUGCAAUAAGGUCUGUGGACGACUACACUUCAUUUCAUUAUUUGAAUGAUGAAAAUGCAUCCGAUGAGGACGAUGAUGAUGAGUACGAUGAAGAGGCCGAUGAAAUUUCCCAAAAGGAUCGUUCUGCUCUGGCUGAAGAGAAAAUUGGUUACCGACUUAAGCCCAAGGCAGAUUACAUUUACGAUGGCCCUUACUAUGCGCGGGAAACCACCUUUCCUUACAAGCCAGAAGAUAACAAUGAGACAGUUUUAGCAGAAGUCGAGCUAAAUGCGCCUCCAGGCCUUGUGUUUCAACUCAUAUUCAGCGAAACAAACCCAUCUUUUUGGCAUGAAUUUUUCAAAUCCCAAGAUUCAUCGCAGUUCUCGCAUAUAGGGAGAUUUGAUCAGGCAAAUCAAGAAGGUCAGCAUUUUCGUGAGUUUACAUAUGCGAAGGGGCUGCAUUUCCCUGUCGGGCCCAAGUCAACCAGAUGUGUCGUUCAAGAGACAAUAUUGCAUUUGGACUACACGGACUACAUUAAUGUCCUGAAUAUAACAAAGACACCGGAUGUUCCUAGUGGCGGUAGUUUUUCGACAAGGACCAGGUAUAUGUUGAGAUGGGCAUCUGAGACGACAAGCAUCCUACAAAUAUCAUACUGGGUAGAGUGGACAGCCAGCAGUUGGAUCAAGUCAAUGGUUGAAUCGAGUUGUAAAAGUGGCCAAAUCGCCGCUACAAAGGACUUCGUUGAACUUAUCAAAAAGUAUGUUGCCGAUAAGACUGAGAAGGGUCCGGUCACUGUUUACUUAGCAUCCUCUAAGAGUUCUAGCCGCAGAAAGGGAUUUCCAGCAAGGACAGCCGCGGUUGCAGACGAAUCGAAAACUAGGGUACCAGUCGAGCCCUCACCAGUAUCAUUGCUGCAACAAUCGUCCGGCCAAAAUGCAUAUGUUGUACCUUUGCUUGCCGUCAUUAUUGUUCUUUUAUGUUUUAAUCUGCUUUAUCUGAUAAAGAUGACAGGUAAGAUGAAUAAGAUCCGAGACUCCAUAUUGUUCCAAGCUGUAGGUGGGAAAGGAGCAGAGUGGGUAGGAGAUAGCCUCCCGCUAAUGGACAUUCCAGCUAAAGAGCAGGAUAAGAGAAGAAGGUUGGCAGUGGGCCUUCAAAAGUGGUUUGGCCAGCCCAAAGCCCUAAACAAGACGCACGCUGAAAAGGAUGUAUUGCAACAGUUUCUGAGUUCGUUGGAAGCCCUAAUCCUGGAAAAUUCAGAUAGGAGCAAUUAA